CUAUUUUGGACUUGCUGACUUAACUGCUCGGACUAGAUCGAAAGCGGACCAUGUGUUUGCCAUGAGCAGCUGCUGGCGUUUUUGAGGCCCGGGUCGCACUCUCUGGAGGCUUCUGCCGCUGCACAUGUCCCACCGUGGGCACGCAGGCUGCGCCAUUUUCCUCACCUCUGUGGCCACGAUUUGCACUACGCAGCUGACCCGCAGUGCACAGAAUCAGCUGCAUGCGCCAGGCUUUGUCGCGUACCUGCACAUUGCGCUCAUGAGUUUGAUGCUUCCGUUGGCCUGGCUCAUCCGGAAGGAGGGUGGUCGGAUCCUCGCGAGCGUGAAAGAUGUGGCCAUGUUUCUCCCUUUAUGGGUCAUCUCCAACUAUUGCUUAGUCCAGGCCCUUGCUUUAGCACCUGCUGGUCUGGUUCAAUGCCUCUUUGGCACCAGUCCUGCGCAGGUGUGCUUGCUGAGCCGAAUCUUUCUGCAUGAGCCUUUCACCUUCUGGCGGCUCCUUGCCAUUGCCUUUGCCUUCGGAGGUGUGCUAGCCUUGGCUGCACAUAGCCACUUCCAAGGCGACUCCGCGAUGGAUGUCCUUCUUGGGACACUUUGUGGUCUUUCAGCCGUAGUCGCAGCAGCUUGCUACAAGGUGGCCUUCAAAGUACGACUUGGGACACCUCCGGUGUAUGUGGUCCUGGGAGUAGUUGGAACGUUGGGCUUUGUCGCCGCUUUUCUGGGCUUGCCCUUGGUGGUUCUUCUGGCUUGGCUCAACGUUGAAGACCGCUGGUGGAGCAGUUCCGUACCUGUGGAUUGGCCGCUGGUCCUGGGCAGCGCGGGUUGCGAUAUCAUUUACAACACCGCGCUGGCCUGGGGGCUGGCAGUGACCAGCCCUGUUUUCAUCGCGGUCGGUGUGAAUGUGGGCACACCAGUCAACAUGCUGGUGGAUGCUUUGCUGCAUGGUUUUUGGCCCUCCAUCGCACAAUACUGUGGCACACUAUUGAUCGCAGUGUCCUUCGUGAUUUUGGUCUUGGGCCCAGCUGAUCGCCCAGUUCCUGAAGCGGAGCAAUCCUUGACGUUAGCUCGCACGUGAGGGCCAUUGGUGCGUCUUUCGCUACUUGCUGAGGGCACCACUCUUGGGGACCCUACGGCCGAAGGCUGAGGCGAAAAUGAUUUGCCCUAGGAACAAGAAGCUAUUAGGAAAAAGUGCAUCGCUACUAGUAACAAGUGCCUUACUACUAGUAAUAAGAAGCUAUUAGGAACAAGAAGCU